CUGCUUUGGAUGGAGAACCUAACGAUGGGCAUUCCUCUCAAACAGCCGAUUGUGUUUGAACUAGUGGGUUUUGAUUUUCCACCAGAACAUGGCCCUUUCUUGUUCUUCUUGGCCCUGUUUGCCUACACAGUGAUGUUACUGGGGAACGGUGUGGUGAUCUGUGUUAUUAUGAUGGACAGGAGCCUGCACAGACCCAUGUUUGUAAUGAUUUGUCACCUGGUGGUCUGUGAUCUGCUGGGGGCCACAGCAGUGGUUCCUCGCCUCAUGAUGCACUUUCUGAUGGGGCAGCAGAAGAUCUCCUACUUCCCAGCUAUUGCUCAGGCCUUCAGUGUGCACACAUAUGGUGUUGCAAUGCAAACUAUUCUGGGAGUGAUGGCCUAUGACAGGUACAUCGCAGUGUGUGAACCUCUCAGGUAUCAAGCCAUCAUGACUUCAGCUCGGCUGCACAGCUGCUGCGCUCUGGCCUGGAUUGUUGCCCUGCUGCUUAUCGCUGUGCUCUUCUCCUUCCACAUGAACGUCCCAUUGUGUGGCAGAAUCAUCCAACAUGUCUACUGCAGCAACAGGAGCAUCCUAAACCUGGCCUGCAUUCCUACCCACAUAAACGACAUCUACGGUCUGUCCAUGACCUGGUCUGUGAGUACCGGGGUGUUUGUCAUCAUUGCUUUUUCCUACAUCAGAAUCUUGAGUGCUUCUUUUAAACAACGCAGAACCGACAGCAAUGCUCAUAAGAAGGCCCUUCAAACAUGUGCCCCCCAUCUUGUUGUGUAUGUGUUCUAUCAAAUAGCUUCAAAUAUCGUCAUUGUGAGUCUAAGGUUUCCCUCUGUCCCCCAAAACAUAAGGAAGUUCUUUAGCAUCUUGUUCAUCGUAUUUCCACCAGCUCUCAACCCCUUCAUCUACGGACUAGUGAGUAAAGACUUGCGAGCCAGCAUCAUGAAGCUUUUUUCCAUACAGGUCAUGCGAGUUGGUCAUAAACAGUGACUAAGUCACACACAAAUGUCUCCCAACACAAAUAAUACAGUAAACAAACCCUGCAGAACCUGUUGGAUGCUGUUUGUUCCUGGGAAGCUCUUCAUUUUCCCUGUUGGAUCACGGUUAGGAACUCUUUCUAGAGUGAAGACCUUAAGAAUAUUUAAAAUCAGUACCUCUUUACCUGAGAGCUAUCAAUUAAGAAGCAAUAUCUGUUCUGAAAACAAUAUGGCAAUAAAUCUGUUUAAUGAAACAUUAGACAAACCAAGCAAUCAUAUUCUGUACCCCUGCAUUAGGGUUAGUGUGAGAGGUGCUCAGUUCACUAUGCAGCCAUGUCAUAUCUACGCAAUUUCUGUUGCUUUGAACCCAACUUUUCAGGUCCGGAAUGAUGUCAUAAUCUGUCUCAGUGGAAGUUUCAGAUCUGCAUUAGCAGUCAAUCAUUAAAAGGCUUUUUUCCAUUUUGUACUCAUAGUCUACUGUAGGAA